GAAAUACACUUGGUUUUCAUUUAAGUCUACCAAACAAAGUUGGGAUUUGGACUAAAGAAAACAUCGAUGAUGAGGAGGUCAUUGGAAGGUGUGCCACCAAAUUCUUGUAUGAUAAUCAAACGGUCACAAUCAGGAUUAAGGAAAUUAUGAGCAUCGCCAUCGUCCAUAGGAAGAAAGGCAAUUUGGAUAGGCAAAGCAAACGCGGGGUUAACGUCGUCACUAACAACCAACCAUGCGCCAUUUUGGAGGAGAAGAAGGAAAGACAACGAAUCGCUGACGCUUUCUACUUUCCCACGAAUACAAUCAAAUCCCGAUCUCUCUUUCUUCAAUUCAGCAACAAUAAGGUGGGUAGCUUUAAAAGAUGAGUAAGCUAGAUGCGACCAGAGCAGAACUUGCUCUUCUAGUUCUGUACUUGAAUAAAGCAGAAGCCAGAGACAAAAUAUGUAGAGCUAUACAGUAUGGCUCCAAAUUCUUGAGUAAUGGUGAGCCUGGCACAGCACAAAAUGUUGACAAAACUACCAGUUUAGCUCGAAAAGUUUUUCGUCUUUUCAAGUUUGUCAACGAUCUGCAUGGCCUUAUUAGUCCAGUUCCUCAAGGAACUCCCCUUCCUCUUAUUCUUCUGGGAAAGUCCAAAAAUGCCUUGCUAUCGACUUUUCUAUUUCUUGACCAAAUUGUUUGGCUUGGUAGAACAGGCAUCUACAAGAAUAAGGAACGUACCGAUCGUAUUGGAAGGAUUUCUCUGUUUUGUUGGUUGGGUGCUUCAUUCUGUACGGUGUUAGUCGAGAUUGGAGAGAUCGGUAGGCUAUCUGCUGCAAUUAAGAAACAAGAGAAAGACCUUAAGGAUAAGGAUAUCAAUCAACACCAAGUGUGUUAUCAUCAAGACGAGAAAUACCGUGCAAAUCUUAAAAAAACAAAUGAAAGGUCCUUGGCCCUGGUGAAAGCAUCCAUGGAUUUAUUGGUUGCUGUUGGACUACUUCAGUUGGCACCGAAGAAAGUUACGCCCCGUGUCACAGGUGCUCUCGGAUUUGUUAGUUCACUGAUCUCUUGCUAUCAGUUGCUUCCUCCGGCAUCGAAAGCAAAGGCAUCAUGAAGAAGGAAAGUGAAAUCCCAGGGGAGUAGAGGAAUAAAUAAGGAGUUGAAUUUGUGUGUUGGUAAAAGUAGUUUGGAGGGCGAUUAGAAGGGGUAGGGUGACCCUGAAAUGUUUGUUGGACAAAAUAAUAUAAGAUGCUUUCAAAUUUCAUUCAUGUUAUGUUAGCAUGUUUUCAUUGAGAAUAUGCCCGCUCUCUCUGCAGACUAUUUCUUUU